AAGCAGGGCAAUGCUGUUCGAUUGGACAUUGUCUGAGUUGGGUGUUCCAGAUAAAGGUAAAGUUUGUGUACAAUGUACAAAUUGUGAGGCAAGCAUCAAAUGUGAAGACUGUUUUGCAUUUUUGUGUCACAUUUGUGACCAAAUGCAACAUUUUCUCAUGCCUUUCCACCACAGAUUAUAUUGGAAAAAUGGCUUUUAUGAGCCAUUAGACCCGACACAAACUGUGUGCCCUGAAGGAAAUAUCUUUCACUGGAAACCUGUUGUACCAGCCCAACCACCAAAUUCUUGCCCCUACUGCACAGAUUGCAAGUUUAAAAUUUCAAGCUCCAGCAAUCUCUGCAUCUUCAACACUAUAAUGGGAAGGUAUGACCUCUAUACUCCAAUCUAUACAUGCCACUGUGGAUAUGAGCAUCAACAACUAGGCAAGACCAUGCACAAGUCUGGUUUCUAUUCAUCAUUAGGAAAGAGCAGCACAUUCUACAGCACCAGUCUGCUUGAAUCAUGGCACCAUAUAAAAAGAAAUUGUCCCGGAACAUCAUUUCGGGCAUUAGUCACUGCACUGGAAUCCUUUGGUGCUUCUCGUGGGCGUAUUGGACCCAUUAAUUAUAUAACUUCGAAGAGAGUGUUCUUCGAAUGGCGAUUCCAGCAAUAUGAGCUGAGAAAAAUUAGAGGAGAAGCUGACAAUGAGUGUCCUGCUUGUGAUAAAACCCCUUUAGCAGUACAUAUUGAUGGCAACAAGAAGCUGUAUCGUUACAACAAAGUUGGGAGAGGUAUCAGAAACCCCUAUUAUUCUGAUAGUAUCUUCAGCAACGAUGAAGAUGUUCUAGCUCAUGUUGGCACUAUUCAGAGCUUGAAAACUAAGUUAUUUUACAGUGGCACUAGGCCAUACUUCAGAGACUCCAAACAUGUCAUGUGUUAG